AUUGCAGUGCACCAUUACUGAUAUAUAUUGCGCAUGCAUAAAACGUUUAUUGCAGUGCAGACCUGUAGUAUUGCAGUGCACCAUUACUGAUAUAUACUGCGCAUGUAUAAAACAUUUAUUGCAGUGCAGACCUGUAGUAUUGCAGUGCACCAUUACUGAUAUAUAUUGCGCAUGCAUAAAACGUUUAUUGCAGUGCAGGCCUUUUCUAUUACACGGCUCUAUUACUGAUGUAUGGAGGAAUGGAAAGGAACCAAAAGCCGCUAAACACAGACCAUGCUGGGAUAAUGAACAAUUUAGGAGUUUUUAGAUACAUUUCUGGUUAGAAACAGUAUUCAGGGAUAUGAUUGUGUUUAAUGGGUUGGUUUCUAGUUGUAUUAAUAUAAGUACAAUCCGCAGCUUCUUUAUCGUAAAUCAGGUGAGAUCUGUAUAGGUUGAACUUGAUGGACUUUUGUCUUAAACCUCAUCUUUUAUGUUACUAUGUUCUUUUUAUGGAGGGUAGUUUUUUUUGCUAGAUCUAGCUGAAGGAAGCGAAGGGAGUAUUUCAAUGUCUAAGAGGUCCAUUGGUAGUUAGGAGUGAAUUGCAUGGAGACAUAUAGAAGGUUCCUAUUGGUGUUAGAUGCUUAAGAGGUUCCCCUGGGUAUAAGGUUGGCUUUGCAUGAGGGUGUCCCUUGGAUAUAAAGUUGUCUUUGCAUGAGAGGAGGGUUUUUUUGUGUAUAGUUUUGGCUUUACAUGAAGCUUCCCUAUGAGGUUGGUUUUGCAUGAGGGGUCCCUUAGGUAUAAGGUUGGCUUUGCAUAAGGGGUCCCUUGGGUAUAAGGUUAGAUUUACAUGAUGGGACAUAAGUAUGGCUUUGUAUGAGGGGUCUGUCGUUUAGGUGAAAGGUUGGUUUUACAUGAGUGGGGCUAUUGCAUGCAAGGUUGGUUUGCAUGAGGGGUCUCCUGGGUAUAAGGUUGGGUUUGCAUGAAGGGGUCCCUAGGGUCUAAGGAUGUGUUUGAAUGAAGGGUUCCCUUGGGUAUAAGGUUGGGUUUGCAUAAGGGGUUCCUUGGCUAUAAGGUUUGGUUUACAUGAGGUUCCCUUGGGUAUAAGGUUGGGUUUGCAUAAGGUGUUCCUUGGGUAUAAGGUUUGGUUUACAUGAGGUUCCCUUGGUUUUAAGGUUGGGUUUGCAUAAGGUGUUCCUUGGGUAUAAGGUUUGGUUUACAUGAGGUUCCCUUGGGUAUAAGGUUGGGUUUGCAUAAGGUGUUCCUUGGGUAUAAGGUUUGGUAAACAUGAGGUUCCCUUGGGUAUAAGGUUGGGUUUGCAUGAGGGUGUCACUAGGGUAUAAGGUUGGGUUUCCAUGAGGGGGUUCCUUGGGUAUAAGGUUGGAUUUGCAUGAAGGUGUACCUUGGGUAUAAGGUUGGGUUUGCAUGAAGGGGUUCCUUGGGUAUAAGGUUGUGUUUGCAUGAAGGGGUACCAUGGGUAUAAGGUUGGGUUUGCAUGAAGGAGUCCCUUGGUUCUAAAAAGGGUUUGCAAGAACUGGGUCUCUUGGGUCUCAGGUUGGGUUUGCAUGAGGGGGUCACUUGGAUAUAAAAUUAGCUUCAAAUGAAAUGCCCCUUGCAUGUAAGGUUGGGCUUGUAUGAGGGGUACCUUAAAGACAAGGAAGUAUUUUAAUGUUUGAGAGUUCCUGUCUCUGGAAUCAGUUUUGCUUCGUUUGUGAAGGUUGGCAUUAAUGCAAAUGACACACAAAAUGUUUUUUUGCAUUUAAAAUAUUAUGGAUUUUCUCCAUAUUUCUGUAAAGAUAUUUUUUUUAAAAAGUGCUUAGUGUGAUUUAAAAAAACAUCAUGUAAUUUAUGUGGGUAAUUUACAGGUUAGUGAUACAGCUUUCUAGUAGGUUAGCAGCAGUAAUAUCACUUUAGAUGAACUACAAUUGCUCAGCAUUGGUAACCAUGUCACAGUACUCAGCUUAGCCAGGGCAGAUAACAAUGCCCAUGUGUCCUUAUGACAUCACAAUGCCCACGUGUCCAUAUGACAUUAAAAUACCCUCGUGUCCUUAUGACAUCACAAAGCCAACAUAGGUAUAAAACUGCCCAUCAAUCAGCUGAGCACCUUUUUCACUAGAAAUUUCAGAAAGAUCCACAGCUUUUGCAAAGAUGUCUGGAUCCCUGAAAGGUAAGUGUAAUUUAUAUAAUAUAAUUUUAUUACAGUAAGUGUUUUUAUGUGUACCUCAUAGAUAGAUAGAAGACAGACAGACAGACAAGCAGAUGAUACAUAGAAGACAGACAGGCAGAUGAUAGAUAGAUAAAUAGAUAGAUAGAUAGAUAGAUAGAUAGAUAGAUAGAAGACAGACAGGCAGGCAGAUGAAAGAUAGAUAAUUAGAUAGAUAAUAGAUAGAUAGAUAGAUAGAUAGACAGACAGAUAGAAGACAGACAGACAGACAGACAGGCAGUUGAAAGAUAUACAGAUAAUAGAAAUAUUGAUAGACAGAUGAUAGAUAGAUAGAUAGAUAGAUAGACUGAUGAUUGAUAGAAUAAUAGAUAGAUUGAUAGAUAGAUGAUAGAUAUAGAUAUAUAGAUAGUCAGAUAGAGAGAUAGAUAGAUAAUAGAUAGAUAAAUAGGUAGAUAGAUAGAUAGAUAGAUAGACUGAUGAUAGAUAGAUAGAUAGAUAGAUAGAUAGAUAGAUAGAUAGAUAGAUAGAAAUAUAUAGAUAGAUAAAUAGAUAGACUGAUGAUAACUAGAUAGAUAGAUAGAUAGAUAGAUAGAUAGAUAGAUAGACUGAUGAUUGAUAAAAUGAUAGAUAGAUAGAUAGAUAGAUAGAUAGAUAGACUGGUCAUAGAUAGAUGGAUAGAUAGACAGACUGAUGAUUGAUAGAUAGAUAGACUGAUGAUAGAUAGAUGAUAGAUAAAUAGAUAGAUAGAUAGAUAGAUAGACAGACUGAUGAUUGAUAGAAUAAUAGAUAGAUAGAUUUAAGUGUAUGCACUAAAUGAUAAACAAGCUUUAGAUAUUAUGUCCCUUUGACAUAAGCAUAAAGACUGAGGGUAACAAUACCAUCUGCUUAGCUCCUAAAUAAAACGUUUGUUCAUUCCCUUGCAGCAAGUGUAGAAGAAAUGAGCGACGUUUCUCAGCGUAGCCUUUCCUCUGAAAUAGCUGAUGAGGAAUUACUUUUCGGCACAUACCAAGUUGUUAAUACACUUGGAGUGGGCAAUUAUGAAAAACUAAAACUGGCCUUCCACGUAGAUACGUACGAAAAGGUGGCCAUUAAAGUGAUAGAAAAGUCUGGAGUGGAGAAUGUGAGCAAGCUGCUUCACGACAUUUACUGUGUGAUGUUGACCAAUCACAAUUACCGACAUUUAGUUAAAUUAACAGAAGUCAAGGAAAGCCCUGAACACAUCUAUUUAAUCACUGUGUUCUACAACACAGAUGCACCGGACAUGACACUAAAUAAAUCUGACUCGGAUACAACCUCCCAAAGCACGACGGAGAGUCCCAGGCUAUCGCCACUUGUGGAGAAUGACCUGUCAGCUCGCUUCAUGGGGAGCAACGUCUGCUUUGGAGAUGCAUUAACUGAUGACAACAGGACAAACUUCGGCCUACAAGGGAAGCUACCUGGGCGAUCUGUUAGCUGCCCAGCAAAGUUCUGCACAGCGCCAACAACUGCUCCCGUAUGCGCCUCAGACCUCUCUAGCCAGAAAUCUGAAGAUUAUUCUGGAAAUGACGAUUCACUGGAGGAUUCUGGUGCUGGUUCCAAACUCAGCAUCUCAGAGCAAGACCAAACUGACUCCUCCAGUGAAGAAAAAAACACCAGCACAUGGGUUGGCGUUUGGACAGCGAUCAAAAGAGCAUUCUGCUGCCGCCAUGUCUGAAAAAUGCCAUCUAUAUACUGUACCCCACUUUUUUCCUCUUUAUUUAAUAAAAGUACCCCCCAUUAUAGGCUA